AUGAUUAUGCAGUAUUUUACAGUUUUACUUUUGCUUCUCUCAACAUCACCUGUGUUUAUUUCAUCGUUACAAUGUCUUUCGUGUAAACAAGACAUUGUUGUUAAUUAUAUUGUUACAAGCGAAACAGUUCCUUCGUUUUCGGGAUGUGAAAUUGUUGAAGGCAGAAGAUGUUAUAUUCGCGUGUUUUGGAAUAAAAAUGUCAAUAGCACUCAACUGACGAUCAAUGGUUUCUUUUUUGCGUCAAAGAAAAAUACUGUUGAUUUAACAGGAGAUGUUUCUGCGGCGAUUAUUACAAGAGUUUUACCUGACCAAGAGUCUCCAAUAUUGGAAAAUGUUGUUAUAUGGUCUUGUCACACUGGAGAUAAAUGUAAUGAUGAAAAUAGUCUCAAGCAAAUUCUUCGUUCACUUGUUAUUGAAGAUCAAUUUCGUAAAGAAAUAUCUCCAAUACUCAAGGUUAUCUCUCCAUUCGAUGCAAAAUCAGCUGAAUGCUUUGAAUUUCAAAAUGAGACAUAUUGUGAUCGGACUCAAAUUAACGAAUGUCAUCGAUGCUAUGGUGAUGUUACAAGAUAUGAUCCAUUUCAUACAGGAGAUAUGGCAACCAUAACUUAUACGCAAACAAGAAAAGCAACAGUUGCAGCUAAUGACGAUUCAAAGGUUAUAACGCAUGAUUAUCGACAUGUUGUUCAUACGGUUGGAGCUGGAAUGAGAGAUAUUGUGCGAACAUCAAGUGAAGUUCUUGUAGAAUUUCAAGAUGCAUUGAAACCUCUACUAUCAUUAUUAAGUCCAGAACAUCAAAAUCAAAUCUACGAUACAUUUAUCGAAUAUCACAAAUUAUUGAUGGCUAGCCAAAAGUUUUUAACACGAGCAUUAAUAUUAGCUGCUCGCGCUCGAACAGCAAAGGAAUUGGUCGAAUCAAUUAAUAUUCAAACAAUACGUGACAUGUGUUCAAAUGUUGAAGUACUGAUAGAAAAGUUUUUAAAACUCAAUCCAAUUCUUGAAGAAAAACUAAAAUAUCAACAAACACUUAAACGAUGGAGAAAUAUUCUUGGUCUUCUUACAAUUAUUGGCACUUGUGCUUUCGGGAUCGGCAUGGUAUAUGGUCUUUAUUCGAGUACUGGUUUUACAAAAGACAUAAAAGCGUUUCUUGUCUCAACAGGAGUGAUAACUAUUGCCGCCGGAGCACCAACAAUCGUAGCACAUGUAGCACAACAUGAAGCUGAAUUAAAUCAUAUGAAGAUGGCUUUAAAAGAUAUUCGUAACGUACUAUCAAAAUUAAGUCAAAAUUAUCCACAAAUUGAAGAGAUGGCUCAAAUUUUAUCCGAUGAUGAUAAUACACGACAAGAUUUUAUACAACUUUUGAAAGAAACACAAACAGAAGUUAACAAAGGCUUUGAACUAUUGCGACAAUUAUAA